AUGGUUUCUGUUCCUGAAAGAACAUUCUUCCUCUUAAGUCAACGUUAUAGACACAAGAAGCUUGUGAAGUCCUAUAGUUGGGAAGGGAGGGCAGCAUCAAGGACCACAAAGUUGAUGAGUUGCCCACAUGGAAACAGUGGUGUCUCUGACUCUAUCGUCCUGGGAUUCCCUUCCCAGGUGAAGGACCAGAAGCCACUCUUUAUCCUAUUCCUCACCAUGUACCUGGUCACCGUAACAGGGAACCUGCUCAUAAUCCUGGCCAUCCGCUCUGACCCUCAGUUCCAGAUCCCAUUGUAUUUCUCCUUGAGUUCACUGUCUUUCACUUACACUUGCUUCCCAAGUGUCAUCAAGAUGCUAGUAAACUGCCUGUCAGAGAAGAACGUCUCCUAUGCAGAGUGUCUGACACAGAUGUAUUUUAUGUAUGCUUUGGGCAACACUGGCAGCUGCCUUCUGGCAGUCAUGGCCUUUGACCACUAUAUGGCCAUCUGUGACCCCUUCCAUUAUGUCACUACCAUAAGCCGCCACCACUGUGUCCUGCUACUGUUCUUAUGCUCAUUUCCUCACCUCUGCACACACCCACACAUGCUUCUCCUGAAACUUCUCAACUUCUGUGACUAUAAUGUUAUCCAUCACUUCCUCUGUGACAUCAACCCUCUGCUGAAAUUGUCCUGCUCCUCCACAUUUGUCAAUGACAUCACAAUAGAGGCAAAAGGACUGGUUGUUUGGGUGAUCCCCUUUCUAUGCAUUGCUUUUUCUCAUGUACGAAUCCUCAUUGCAUUUCUCACCAUCCCCUCAGCUGCUGGGACGUGCAAAGCCUUCUUCACCUGUGGUUCCCACUUUACUGUGGUUAUCCUCUUUUAUGGAAGCAUCUUCUAUGUCUAUUUACAGCCUUUGUCCAGCUACACUGUUAGGGGGCAACUGGCAACAAUUGUCGACACAGUUCUAUCCUCCAUGCUAAACCAUUUUAUCUACAGUCUGAGAAACAAAGACAUGAACAGGGGCCUGGGGAAGGUGAUGAGCAGGAGGAAAUCCUAG